UAUCUGGAGAAAGUGAGGCUGUUUUAGUUCAAUAUGACUGAAUAUAAAGACCUCUUAUGGGCCCCUAAUAGGAAACAUCUGAUUGUACGGGGGUCUUCAGCGUGGUGGUCAUACCAAACCUGAAAGGAGAGAAGGAAAGUGCAAUAAGUACCUUUAUCCUGAUACAUUGGGAAGAAGACAUUCCUGGGUUUGUUCUCUGACCUUCUCUGGCUUUGACAUAAGAUUCUUUUUUUAUUUUCUUUUUUUUUUUUGUAACAUAAAGAAGGUUUAUUGUGCCCUCCAGAUUCUAACCCCCAGGAAUGGAAUAUUGCUCUGCAACAGAGGUCUGAUACCACCUACCGUGGAUGAAGAUUCUUAAAUAAUCUUGUGGCAAUACAGCUCAAAUAUGGAGACGACAAAUGGAGAAAAUGAUUCAUCAAAGACGGAGCAGAAAGAAAAUCGCAUGUCCUAUUCUGUGGAGACCCCUUAUGGCUUUCACCUGGACCUUGACUUCCUAAAGUAUGUGCAUGAUAUUGAAAAGGGGAAUACCAUCAAAAGAAUACACAUCCACAGAAGAGCCAAACAGUCUAAAUUUAGCACUCUUCCUCGAAACUUUAGUGUUCCGGACAAUGGCUCUCAGAGUUACUCUGCAGCCUCCAGUAAUACCUGGAGCCCCAGUAGCUUUAGAGCUGGAGCCAAGGACAAGGAAAUGUUUUCGGGAAGCGAGUCUGCUUUACGUCUGAGAUAUGUGCAUGAACUGAAUUAUAGACGGAAGGAUAAUAUAUACGAUGCUCACAAACCCUCGGGAGAGUUGGACCCUGAAGAUUUUAGCGGCUGCAGAGAUAGGCCCCAAUUUGCGAGAGCUUCCAGCCUUCCGGCCAGCCUACCACAAAGCACAACUUCUUCAGACCAAAGCCAGUACGUAAAACUGCCAGAGUCUUCAAACCGCUUCAGCGAAAGCAGGCUGGAGUUUAUGAAAGAUCCCACACGUUCCCAACAUUCUAGUGAGCAGAUUGUGGCUGCAUUCAAAAGAAUAAAAGACCUUGAAGAACAGUUGAAAAACAUUCCGGAAUUAAAACAAACUAUAUCUGCGCUUGAGGAAGAAAACAAUAAAUUAAAUUCUCAAGUUGAAUCUCUUUCCCAAAUUGUUAAUAGCAGAAAAGAGCAGGAGGCGGUACAACUGGCUAUUUGUGAAAGCAAGGCCAAAGUUGAGGACGUUGAGAAUGGAGUUCACGAAGCCCAUGAUCAGCAAAUUGCAGAAUUGACUGAACAACUGGAUGACCGUACCAGAGAGGUACAGAACCUCAGGGUUCUGGUGGAGAAACAGAGCAAUGAAUUGAAGGCAAAGGAUGUGUAUAUUGCAGACCUGACGAGAACGAUGGAAACAAUGGAAGAAGCCAGAAGGCAAUACAUAGACAGACAGUGCAAAGAUGCAGAAGUCAACACGGAGCAAAUCGAAACGAAGGCCAAGAAGGAAAGUUUAGACAAAAACACAUUUGCCAAUAUCUCAGUUGCAACUCAGUCGGUGGGAUGUGGUGUACUGCCAGCAGAUCUGGCUCAACCUCCAGAUGAAAGAAACGAUGGCAAUGAACAUGCCGGUGAAAGAUUGGGUUCAUUGACUGAUAUAAAGGUAGCGAUGGUCCAGCAGGUUGCCGGAUGUGAAAUGGAAACGGAGAAAGUUACAAAGACUGGUGUCUUGGAAAGUGAAACGGUGAAUGAGAUAGUGGACUCCCAAACCCAUCUGCUUCAAAUUUGUGACAGCAAAGCCUGUGGUUAUGAAGUUCUGGUUGAUAAUAAACAUUGCCCGGCUGACCGUCCACCUCCCACAGACGCUUCUAUUGGACAGUAUGUAAAACGGAUACAGGAUCUUCUGCAGGAGCAAUGGACGUGUCUGGAACAUGGAUAUCCAGACCUGGCUAGCGCCAUUAAGCAGCCUGCUUCCAAACUCAGUUCCAUCCAGAAUCAGCUGGUCAAUUCUCUUAAUCUUUUGUCAUCUGUGUAUUCUGCUCAAGCAGGACCAGCAAGAGAGAAUGAGAAGGCCGAAAGCCAACUAGGGGAAACGUCUCCCAGCCUGAAGUCAAUCAUGAAGAAGAAGACUAAUAGCGGACGCUCGAGUUCAAGCGCGGAAGCUCGAGCUAAGAAGAAUCUCCAGUUUGUUGGGGUCAAUGGUGGCUAUGAAACAACGUCGAGCGAGGAAUCCAGCUCCUCAGAGGAAUACGGAGAUGGCAAUGUUGAGAAGGCUGAAAUAUCAACACAAGAUGCUGAAAAUAACAAGAUAGACAAUCUAGUUAUUGCAGAAACGGGAGACAAAGUGGAAGAAGUACAGCAACCCCCAGAGCCAGCAGGAUUAGAGGCCCAACAGCAGAGAAGGUUUUCGGUGGGUGAUGCGUUUCGCAAUGAAUGUCAGAUCCUGAACAGUCAUCUUUCAGAACUGAGGACCACCACAGAUAACAAACUGAGGCAAACGCUGUACACCGUCUGCCAAGAAUGGUUCCAGGUCUCCAGCCAGAAGUCGUCAUCCCCGGAUCUGGUGUCGCUUUAUCUGGACGCGUUCAGAUCGAUCAGCCCCCAGCUGCUGCAGAUGGUGGUCAACAUCGCAGACGAGAACGGCAACACCUCUAUGCAUUACAGCGUAUCGCAUUCCAACUUCGCCAUCGUCCGGCUCCUACUGGACACAGGAGUGUGUGACGUUGACCAUCAGAAUAAAGCGGGGUACACUCCCGUGAUGCUUACCCCUCUGGCAUCGGCAGACACAGAUGAAGAUAUGCAAGUUGUGAAAGCUCUUCUCAGUCUCGGCAAUGUCAAUCUGACUGCCACCCAGGGUGGGCAGACAGCGCUGAUGCUUGGUAUUAGCCAUGGCAGGUCCGACAUGGUAAAAGUACUGCUGGAGUGCGGGGCAGACGUGAACCUGCAGGACGUGGAUGGAGAGUCCGCUCUGAUGAUGGCCUGUCAUUUGGGAAAUGUGGAAAUCGUCAAGCUUAUUUUGUCUCAACCAGACUGCAAUGUGGAAAUAACGGAUAAGGCUGGCAAUUCCGCAUUGUCCAUUGUUGCUGAAUCCGCCCCCAGUGAGAUUGCAGAACUUCUACAAGCCCACACAGAGCACCGGCGUUCCUGCCCUGCCGCUGACACGGGAAAAGGAGGCCCAUUGUAAACAAGGAUGGAGGACAAAAGACUCAUUCUUCUCCAAGUGAACUGCAAGAGAGCGGAUACCAUCCAUCUCUGCAUUGUCUUCAUUACACAAAAUAUUCCAAAUAUGUGUAUACAUAAGCCAGGGUUUUUUUUUUUUUUUCUGGAAUGAGGCAAGUCUGUUCUAUCGGUUGAUGUAUAUUGACUUGAGUGGAAGGGUCGUAUUCACAAACAGUAUUAAAUGCAAAGAGUAGCCUCCUACCUGUCAAGGAAUUAUAAGUCCCAGCAUGAGGAACCAACUAAAUCAGCAUUCCCUGAUACCUUUUUGAGGACCAUGGCAGGUAAUGCUAGGACUUUUAGUUCCAUAAUAGCUGAAGAACUGCAUGUAGAGUGUUUAUGAAGAGGGCCUGUCUACCAAAAACAGUAUUUCAGGUAUGGGUAGAUACAGAAUUGUGCCAGCUCCUUCUUGAAAACUCUGGGUCUAGAUCUUAGAAUUUCAAACCUCUAUAUUCAUUUGUAAAAUAAAGAAAUCCAAGCAAGGAACGUGAAUUUCUCAACACCGGGUUGGAGCUGGGGACUCUUUGCUGGAAUCGCCUUGAUAAUAUGAAGCCAGUAGGUCAUUUCGCUGGUCUGCAUCUACCCAAAACUGAAAUAUAAAUUUUUAGGAGGGGGUGACCCUGGAAUGAGUCUAGAAAGUGACCUUUAGGAAGGGGUGACGUCACAGGGAAAGAGUGACGUCACAGGGAAAAGAGUGACGUCACAGGGAAAAGAGUGACGUCACAGGGGAAAGAGUGACGUCACAGGGGAAAGAGUGACGUCACAGGGGAAAGAGUGACGUCACAGGGGAAAGAGUGACGUCACAGGGGAAAGAGUGACGUCACGGGGAAAAGAGUGACGUCACGGGGUAAGAGUGACGUCACAGAGAAAAGAGUGACGUCACAGGGAAAAGAGUGACGUCACAGGGAAAAGAGUAACGUCACAGGGAAAAGAGUGACGUCACAGGGAAAAGAGUGACGUCACAGGGAAAAGAGUAACGUCACAGGGAAAAGAGUGACGUCACAGGGAAAAGAGUGACGUCACAGGGAAAAGAGUGACGUCAAAGGGAAAAGAGUGACGUCAUAGGGAAAAGAGUGACUUCACAGGGAAAAGAGUGACGUCACAGGGAAAAGAGUGACGUCACAGGGAAAAGAGUGACGUCACAGGGAAAAGAGUGACGUCACAGGGAAAAGAGUGAUGUCACGUCCACAAUCCUCCUUCCCAAUUAAAACAAUAUAAACAACACAGGAAUUAUUUCAGUUGAACCCAACAGCCUCUUUUGUAUUAUAUAUUAGAGUAGGGAAAAAACAUUGUUGUCACUUGUGUGUAUAUAAUAUCUUAAAGGAAUGUUAUUUUUUUAUAUCUCCUGAUAGCAGGUCUGGUUGAUGAGCACAAAGCGCUGUGAUGCAGGGCUAAGACUGACCUUUGCUUCAUAGUCCAGGAACAAGCAUUUGCUUCUUUUUAAUAGAUUGUGGGGGUUUUUGCUCUUGUACAGAAUUUUUAUAGCCUGACAGAAAGCACAAAAAUAAUUAGAAGUUAGCACAGAAUGCAUCUCUCACCCUGCCAAGACCCGUCUAAAGUCAUCUGCUGUUGCAGAAUAUUGGUACAAAAGGCCUCGAGGGAAAAAAAAUACGUUAUUGGUCAAAUCGAUUUUUAAGAAUGAUGUCCGCUCAGUAUUAUUUUUUUUCCUAAUUAGCUACCUCGCCUGCCUUUUCUCCUAGCAUUUGUUUGAUAAAAUACAGCUGGCUCUGUUGACUCGGAUGCCGUACUCCAUGCCCAAUAGAAACCAGCGUCAAGUAUUAGAGCUAGUUGCUGGUAUCGCCAUGAAUUUCCGAAUCACCCGCUGGCACCCAACAGGUAGGGAGUCGGUCACAGCACAGCAAAAAUAUACAGUGGAACCUUGGUUUACGAGUAACGCAAUUAAUGAGCGUUUUGAAUAACAAGCAAUUU